GAAGUACUCACUGCACACUAUCCUUCACUCUUUUCACCGCGACAAUCGCCCUCUUUCGCGGAAUACUCCUCCCCACAUUGUCAAGUUACGUCUAACCAUGGACUCACUUAUAGCGGAAGUCGAAUCUCUCGCCCCUCGCUUCGCGAAUGGCGAUGUCGGCUCCUUAGACCCACUCGCCGAAGCGCUCUCGAAUCUCCUCGCCCGAUCGCGCGACCGCGAUUGGCUUACGGAAGAAACCUUUUCUUCCACGGGCAGUUCUCCGGGCAGAAGCAACGGCAGCGCUGGAGUCGCGGGCAGCGGAAUUGCUGUCACGCGAUUGGUCGGCGUCCUGCCCGAGCUUUCCCAGCACUGCCCGGAGCUCCGCGGCCUCCUGCACCCCGCAGAUGUCGCCGAUGCUGACGUGGCGCAACCUUCCACUCCCGCAACUGGCGCCGCAUCUGGCGCCACGAGUGGCGCCGCAAAUGAUGGUCCCGAGAGGCAAUCUGCGGGUGCUCCCAGCAGUAGUAGCAUCUGGGCGGUACAUGCGCUUCGGCCGCUGCUGCAGGCGCUGCGUGUGGUUCGGAACCUGCUGGCAGGCUCGGCAGCCAAUCAGGACGCGUUCCUGAGGUGCGGCGCCGUGGACAUAGUGGCUACUAUCGCGGACAGAUUAAUUACGAGCCGCGUCCUGCAGGCAGGGGCGGGAACGGGCGCAAGCCAGGCGCAGAAAACGGGGGAAGCUAGUAGCGGGGAUGAUGGGGGAGAGGCAAGGGGAGGGGGGAGAAUGGGGGGGGAAGCUAAAGGGGGGGGGAAUGUGAUUAAGGGUGAUGUGACUAAGGUGAAGGGGAUGGGAAGUGUAUCCUCGUUAUCAGAUGCUUUGGCCUCGUUAAUGGCUGAAGUGGGGGGUACAGCAGCCGAGAGAAGCACGGAUUUAGAGGGGACCAGGGCCGCAUCAGCAGCAGCCACAGCCACGUCAGCAGUGGCUGGAGCACCAGGUGCUGACGUGGCUUCAGCAGCAGCAGCAGCAGCAGCAGCAGGGAGCCUAAGCAGCAACCGGCACUUCAAUUCUAUCAGCCGAAGCACACAUCCCUCCCUUGCUCUCCCCCUCCCCCACCCCCCACACUCCAACCUCCCCCCUCUCCCUCUACCUUCCCCCAUCGCCCCCUCCCCCUCCCCCCACUCCCCUUCCCCUCUAUCCGCCUUCCCUCUCUCCGCCUCCCCCGCCCCCUCCCCCGCCCCCUUUCCCCCCACCCUGCCUUUCCCCCGCUCCGUCCCCCUCCCCCCCAACCACCUAGACACGCUCAACGCGGUGCUGCAGCUUCUGGGAAACUUCUGCGGCGGGGGCAGGCGGCAGCAGCUGGCGGUGUGGGACAGGUGCUUUCCUGGAACCUUCGCCCGCCUGGCUGCUGUAGAGGGGGCAGCAGGUGGGGCGGCAGGGGGGGCGGCGGGGGGGGCGGUGGGGGUGCGGUCGGCACUGUGCAUGGUACUGUUCACGUGCGUGCGGACCAAUCAGAAAGCAGCGGAAGAUCUGGGGGGGUCAGGGGAGGGAGUGGGUGUGCUAGGGGGGAUUUUGCGAGGGGAAAGGGGAAAGUGGAGGGGGAGGGGGGGAGCAGGGGACGGGGAAAAGAAGGAGGAGGGUGGGGAGGAGUUGGGAGAGUGGGAGGAGUGGGAGGAGAGGGAGGAGGAAUGGACUUGGCUCGCUCCCAAUCCGCAUGAUCACGCCUCCCCCGCCACAUCUGUCGAUCCAUGGCUCAGUCUCCUGGUUGAGAGACUGUGCCUUCGAGGAAGCUUCUUCAAACCGCUUUUUGACAGGUUGGGGGGGAUGGUGGAGCUAAGGGGACAGGACCAGGGGCAAGAACGGGGGCAGGAGGAGGGAACCGGGCACGGGAUGGGGCAGGGAGAAUCCUUUCCACCGAUCAGUCCGGGCAGUUUGAAAUUCCUGCUGCCUGUUUGCAAGAGCGCCGCACACGUGGUUGCACGGCUGCAGGCUCAAGGUCUGCUGCUGGGUCCUGGUAACCAGGUUACAACUAGUCAGCGGAAGAUGACACCUGAAAGGGAGGCUGCACCUGGUGGGGAGGUGGCAACUGGAAGGGAGGUGGUACCUGGUAAGCAGGUGCUAUCUGAGCCAGCAGCAUCUACAGCAGCACGGCACAUUCUCCGCUUCUCCCUGCAGUGCCUUCGCAUCCUUGCAGCCCUGGACCCCGUACCAGCCACCGAACCUGAACCACCAGGCUCGACCGUCCCAGGCUCGGCAGUCCCAGGCUCGGCAAACACGGACCUGUUAGCAGCAGUUGGAGGUUCGGAGCUGAUUCCGUUCCUCCUGGACCUGCUGCAUGAGCUGGGACCCCCUGUUGUCACACCACCGACUGCACCAGCAGCAGAAGCAUCACCAAGAGCAGCAGGUUUGAGCAGAGAGCAAGUGACAGGACCAGCAGCUGUAAGACCAGCAGUGAUGGCCGCUCUCUACCCGUGCUGUAACCCGUACCCUGGUUACCGCAGGGAUGUGGUUGCAGUGAUUGCCAAUGCGUGCCACAGACGCAAGGCAAACCAGGAUGCUGUCAGGCUCUACUCUGCUCCUCUCAGCAUUCCCUCAUCCGCUGCUGCUGUUGAUUCUCCUGCCACCGAUCGCACUGCGACCACCACUCCCGCCACCACAGACAGCACCAACAACAGCAGCACCACCACCACUAGCGCAACCACCAGCACCCAAACAACCCCCACCCCCCCAACCCGCCCAGCAGCAGCAUCAUGAGCAGCGGUCUCUUUCUUAUCCUCCAGCAGUGUGUGGCAGGCGACAGCCGGCUCGGGGACGACCUCCUCAGAGAGUGGGGCCUGUGGGCUGUGCGGAACCUUCUAGAAGCCAACCCCGAGAACGCUGCUGACGUGGCGGCGCUGGAGGUGAGAGGUGGGGCGCAGACAGAUGGGUUGAGGGAGAUGGGGCUGGCUGUGGAGGUGGAUGGGCGGACAGGGCGGCCCAAGCUUAGGAAUUUAGGGGCAGAUGAGAGAUGACGGGGAAAAGGGGUGCGCUUUUCUAUGAUUGGAGGUGAGAGGCGGGGCGCAGAUGGAGGGGUUGAGGGAGGUGGGGAUGGGUGUGGAGGUGGAUGGGCGGACAGGACAGGGCGACCGAGGUUGAGGAAUAUGGGGGGGGCAGAUGAGUUGAGAGGUGAGGGAUCGCCAUGUCAUGUCAAACGCAGUGGUGUCAUCAUGCGAUGUUGUGCCAAUAGAUGCUUGUAUUGCAUUGCGUUGCCUUGGCUGGAGGAGAGGUGAAGGGAGCUGAUCUGAGGAGAUUCCUCUGGAGAAGCCAGAGCUUGAUAGAUAUGCUUUACGGAGGUGUUCAGCUUGUUGUACCGGUACCUUAGCUGUAGAGCCGGUUGGGGGAGAAACACCAGUGCUGCUUGGCAUCCUGCUGGAGUGCACUCAGGUGUUCUAGAACGUUUGAUCAUAAUGUGCACCCUCGGGAAUGUACCGUUAUAUGUACAUUUUGCACCAGGU